GUUGGCAAAGCAGUGAAGCGAUUCAAGAAAAUGCACCUCACGGCCGAUGACUGCAAAGCUCUCGCACAGAGCGCAGAAGGUUCAUCCUCCUUGACGCAGCCGUUGAGUCAAAGACAAAGUAGAGGAGAUGUAAACAGGAGCCUCCAUCCCACCCACCGGACAAGGAGACAUCAAGGAGGCCAAGGUCAGCAGAAGAGCAUCACUGAUUACUUCAGGAUCUCUCAGGCACAUCAAGUAGGUACCGGUGGGACGAAGAACUGUAGAAUCAAAGAAGAGCUGCUGGAUCCCAUCUUCACUGAACCUGAUGAUUCCCUCAGCAGUGUCUCCACUGUGAUGGAGAUCAGCAGUGAUUCCUGCUCUUUUCUGGAGGAUGAAGACUUUGUACCAGCUCCCAGGGUAAGCUCCAGAAAAUGGCCUCAAUUCACUGCAGCAGCAGGCGUUCACAAGCCAGAGCACAAUUUGUGGGGUAAGCCUGAGAAGCAGCCAACGGUGGUUCAUCCAGAACCCAGCCUGAUCAAGCAGGAACGCAGCCAAAUCAAGCAGGAACUUGAUGAUAUGGAAAUCGAACCAGUCCCUGAUGCACACUACGGACUCCUGGGAACUCGUAACUGGGAAGUGCCUCAGGGAAGUAUUGACGAGCUGCCUGUUGAAGUCCUGAGGAACAUCUUUGCUUUCCUACCAGUGACUGAUCUGUAUCAGAACCUGAGCCUGGUGUGUCAUUGCUGGAGGGAGAUAGUCAGGGACCCACUGUUCAUUCCUUGGAAAAAGCUGUACCAUCGGUACCUGAUGAAGGAGGACGCAGCCCUGCAAACAGUUGAGCGGAUCUUGCAGGAUUUUGCCAUAACGAAGGAGCAGGAAGGAUGUGUGUUGGGGCUGAUCAGGUAUGUGUCUGCCAUAGCCACCGCACAGAAGGUAAAUCCCAGUGCGGUUCUCCGGUGUUUGAAGAGUCAUCACCUCUUCUCAAAGGCUGAAGUCUGCGUUGUGAACAAACUGCCACAUUUACAGAGCAGGACGGGGCCUGAGAACAUGUGGGCCAUAAUUGCAGUCAUGGUGCUUUUCUCCGAUGGCGUCAGUGACAUCCAAAGGCUGAUGGCGUGUCUGCAGAGACCCUGCUCUACCCUCUCCGUUGUGGACGUGACCGAGAUGCUUUACUGCAUAGCCACGCUGCUCUACGCGAUGAGAGACAGGAACAUUGCGAUCACUAACAGGAUCCAUUACAAUAUUUUCUACUGCUUGUACCUGAUGGAAAAUGCUUCUGUAACUGUGCAGACAGUAGAAGAGGAAACACCGGCACCACACUGCAGAAGAGACUUAUGGGCUGGUAGCUGGCCUGAAAUAAACCUGACCCAUGAACAGCAGAGGAUUUUGAAUCACAAAAUUGAGCAUGGUCAAAUAGUUAAAAUUAUGGCAUUUGCAGGUACAGGAAAGACCUCAACCUUGGUCAAAUAUGCGGAGAAGUUUGCUGAUCUGAAUUUCCUUUACGUGACGUUUAACAAAGCUGUUGCAGAGAGGGGGAAAAGCGUCUUCCCCAGAAAUGUUACGUGCAAGACUUUCCAUUCGUUAGCAUUUGGAAGUGUCGGCAAACA